AUGGAUGAGAAGGUGUCCAUCAUUCUAUAUUACAAUGAUUAUCAUACCUUCAUUUGUCACCAAUAUUUUGUCAAUCAUAGGCAUUCUCACAAAAGCGGACAUCAUGGGAAAGCUUGGAAUGGCGCUAACAAGCAUAAUGUCGCUGAGUCUCAUAUUAGGAAUUCUUGCGACAUCGCUUCCGAGAUCCGAACGAUUACCGAAGAUAGGUGCGGUACUGUAGCGAUCAGUUUCUCUUCUUCAAACACGUUGUUACAUGAGGAUAUUCCAGUCAUUUAUGUGAUGACAAAUCUUCUGAUAGUGGUAUUUGCUCUGGUGGCGGCAUUUGUGCUAUCGUGUUUGAAGGAAAUUCACUCACACAGCUGUGAAGGGAAUGAGAGCGACGGGAGGAAACUAAACGAGAACAAGCGCUAUCGCAAGGCCGCAUACGUACUAAUUGCGAUGUUCGAAAUGGCAAAUCUCAUAAACUUGAUCGUACUUAUUGCAUAG